GUCCGUUACCCGACGGCCCCGGACCCACCGGCCCCGCACCAAUGGCCGACACCCAGCUACAGCCCGCCCCGGAGCCGGCCGAGAUGGCUUACUGCGGCCCCACUUCCCUCACGUACCUGCCCGUCCUCCAGUGGCUAGCUGAUAAUUUCUAUUUGUGUGGAGGAUGCACUGUACCCUGUCGGCUACUACAUGAACUGUAUAUUGAAACCUGCAAUCCAGAUUUCAAGAUUCAAGUACAUCCAUCCACCUUUGGAAAGCUUAUUCAGUUAGUUUUCCCAGGUCUGGUGACAAGAAAGCGGACCACAGCAGGGAGUAUCAGAUAUCAUUAUGAUGGAAUAGCUAUCAAGAAGAACUCUUCCUUUUAUGCACGUUUUUGCUGUCUUCUGUAUGAACAAAAUUAUCUCAGGCACUGCUCGCCAGGGGAAGUGAGCAUCUCUGAUGUACAGCCAAGCACCUCUGCAGGCACCAGUAAUAAUUUCUGGAGUUCUGAAAAUGCAGCUGAUUACAAGAAGAAUAGACCAAAAAAAGGAACAAGUAAGAGUUUGGAGUAUUAUCCAUCUGUCAUUUAUCUAAAGGCUGAGAAAGAGACAUUUCAAUACCUUUUUCCUGAAUUCAACCAGUUCUUCCUUGGAGAGCAAGUGCAAAGUGAGACAGACCCCUACGAAAUGAUUGCACUGCUUGCCAAUGACUACUACAACUAUUGUCAAGUUAUUUUACAAAUGGUGAGAGAGAACAAGCUUGACAAGGUAGAAGACUGUAUCAUGUCGUUCUGGAGGUCUCUGCAGCCUGAAAGAAUAGAACUGAUGUGCUUGCCAGAUGUGUGCCAGCUGUUAAAAAGCUAUGAUAGGUAUCUAUUCAAGGAACUGGAGAACAUCCUACUUCCUGAUUUCCUGGAGGAGGUGCCUGCACAACACAUCGACUCAAUCAGAUUGUUCAGCGAAAAUGUUAAAUGUUGGAUGCUUAAUCCUUUGGGAGGAUUUCCACUAAUGCUCCAAACAUCCAAAUCUAAUGAAGUUAAAGAGUUUGUAAAAAGACUCAGGAGACAGACAGACCUUUGUAACAUGGCCAAGACAGUAAGAGCACUCUUGAACAACAACAGCACAGUCACUGUUCUGCGAUCAGGCUUGCAUGCUGUCUUCAAUGAGCAAUCUCUGGAUGUGACUAAAAACCUCUUUCGAGAGAAGUUUAGGAAUCCAAAGAAGCGGCAGAAAAACAUACAAUUCAAAUGUUUGAAAAACUUAAUUUCUUCGCUGACAUCUACCACAGAUAUUCGGGAUCUCCUGAGUUGUUUCUCUUCAGAUCUUCAGACUUUUGUCAUUAAGCCAAGCAGGAGUAAAGAGACGUUUAAAAAGCAGGCAUCAGAUUUUAUGUUGAAAUGGAACCUCCUGCUGAGCACUGUAGGCAAGAUUCUGACCAUCAACAGGACAGACAGUUUUGGAUCCUGGCUUUUGUUGAAUUUGCUACUUGUUGAUUUUGCGGCUCACGUUUUCCAGACCUAUAUAGAGGAGGAGAAAGAAGAUGGAAAUUCCUUGGUUGCAAAGCAAAAUGAGGUCCCUGUUCUGUGUGUUUAUGAGCCCAGCCAUCUCUCAGCCUGUUUUGCAGAGGAUCAGUCUCAAGCCAAUGCUCCACAGACAGCUCUCGUGAUGCAGAACCAGAAUAACUUUGGAUUAAGCAAUAUUUUCCAGAGUUCUGAGUUGUUUGGUGAACACAGCCACUGCCAGCAAGCACAUCCAAGUAAUUUUGGAAGAGAGAUUUAUUAUAACGUGUACUAAACUGGAUCUUCAAGUUGGAAGGGAAACACUUCUUACUCAAAAGGUGGACAGACACUUCUUUGCCUCCAAUGAGCAGCAAAUCUUAAGAGAAAACCAUCCAGACUUGAAAAUUCUUUAUGCUACACCAUUCUUACUUUUUGAUACAACUUUAAGGUAUACUGUUUUCAUUCUCUUAAAUUUAAGAUUUUUUUCCCCUGGAAAUACUAAAUGCAAUACUGGGCUAGCAAUGCAGUUAUUUUAAGUUGUCAUGUGAUUUGUAUUAUUUGAAUAAAUCUUCAGAAAAAAGGUGAA